AUGACAUUCCGUUUUCCUGAAGUAAUAAGAAGUGGAUCGGAAGUGGAAGGCGGUUUGGCAGGACCAGCAAAUCCAAUACCUAGUCAAUCAAUCGAUUGUGGCUGCGGACAAAUGCAAUGCCCGAAGCUAGCAAAAUUUGCAACGCGAAAACUCUUCGUGGGAUUGAUUUGUUGGGUCGGUAUGGUGCAAGCUGCUUCGUAUGCUUACUUUCACGUUACAGGGUCCACGAUAGCUAGGAGAUUUCAAAUCGAUCCUUAUAUAAUGGAUUGGAUUCUUGUUACGGCAGAAUUGACACCUAUUAUAUUAGGAUUACUGGUAGCAUAUUGGGGUGACAAAAUACACAGAGCUUCAUGGAUAGGAGCCUUAGUUCUCUUACAAAGCGUUUCGCAUUUAUUUUUGAUAAUAUCUCAUUUAACACAUCGUGUUCGUGUGAUUGAGGAAACGCAAAAUGUCACUCACAUGUCAUUAUACGCGGAUGAUAGUCCAGAAUUAUGUACUCCUGAAUUAUCAAGAAUCAUCUUAGAAGAAGAACCCUGCUAUGUUACUAUGAUUAUAAUAAUCCUGGUACUGAUCGUAAGCGGAAUGGCAAAUGUCACAUACUAUGCACUAGGAAUUUCUUACUUAGACGAUAAUACAAAAAGAAAGCAUAUGACCGAUUUCAUCGGUAUAAUAAUCGCCGUAAAAAUCAUCGGGAUUUUUCUCGGAUACCUUUUGGGUUGGGGAUGCCUGCGGAUAGACGCGGAAGAUUUAAGUGUUGUAAAUUCAUAUCGAGAUCAAAUCGGAGCAUGGUGGCUUGGAUUCCCAAUUCUCUCCAUAUUAUUGAUGAUUCCCGGUUUGCUGCUUUCAUGGUUCCCAAGAAGAUUACCUUCAGAAGUUGUUGAACAAGCCGCAGCUUCACUUCUUGAUUGGGCUACAAUACGUAAUCGAGCACCCCACAGAGCAACCAGUCAAAAAAUUGGCAAUCCCGAUUUUUGGCCAUCAUUAUGCAGAUUGUUUACUAACAGAAUUUUAAUAUGUAACAUUUUGGCGACAGCGUUCAGUGCCAUGGCUCUUCUAAAUUUUAUGAUGCACGAGAACAUCUUUUUAGAGUCUAGAUUUUACAUACCUAGACCGACAGGAAUGCUCCGUGGAUUUGACGAUCCUCUGCCUUCCAGGCUAGUUGCCAAUAUUGGAAGACCUAUUAUGACUGGACUCAUUGUAAUCAUUAGUGGCUUCGUGAUAGCCAAGGCAAAGCCACGAGCAAGAUAUAUUAUUGGUUACAAUUUUGUUAUCGUGCUUCUCACAAUUAUGAUUAUCAUCGCACUAAUCUUUGUUACCUGUGACAAACCACCUAUCGUCGACUUGGAAAAAAGCUCCGACACUUUAUUAAGAUAUUGCAACAAAGACUGUCAUUGCUCUAAAGACUCCGAUUUCCGACCGAUUUGCGACAGUUUGGGAAAAUUUACGUACUAUAAUCCUUGCUAUGCCGGCUGUACGACAAUUAUUUACGUUGACAACAUAAAGAUCUAUAGCGGUUGUUCCUGCGUGGAGGAUAUCACAGAAUGGAGUAAUGAUCAAGCGAAAGAUGGCCCGUGCGAUUCGAGUAAAUGUCAGGCUGGCUGGCUGUCUUUUGAGUUUGGAUGUUUAUUGGCGUACACGUUAAUCGCUUCCACUUUGGUAGGAGAUGUACUGGUCAAUAUAAGAUCCGUCUAUAAGCAAGACAAAGCUAUCAGCAUAGGUUUCUGGAUGAUGUGGGUCGCACUAUUCGUUUACGUUCCUGGCAAAAUUCUUUAUGAAUUCAUUUCGCGUCGGACGUGUCAAUAUUGGGGCAGUCAAGAGACAAUUUGUCAUUUACACAAUUCCGAAAAACUCGGGAAUUACUUGUGUUAUUUGACAAUACUUUUUUUAUUACUUUGUGUUUUAUUUAAAAUUAUUGUAUGGUUUUUCUGUAAAAAUUUACAAUUAUAUGAAGUUGAUACUAAAGAUCAAGAAAAUAUUGAGCUACGAGAAAUGUUCGAACCAGCAGUAAUAACUGAGCUACUCGAAACAUCAAAUAACAACAAUGAAAUGAGAGAAGUGGAGGCAGUUGUUGAACCAGAACUUGCAGAGUCGAGAACAGUAUCGCAGACAAAAUUUCAAGCAAAACCAGAGGAAAUAUCAGCGAAGGAAGAAGAAGAUACUCAAAAGAACGCACCUGUAAAGUUGAACGGCAUGAUGGUUCCAUACAAUCGUCGCCCUGAUUCGAAUUCUCCCACAAAUCGCAAUUUGUCAUCGAUUCGUAAUAUCGACUCUGACGAUGAAUUAGACAGCUCGAGCGACGAGAGUAAGAAACGGUCGAAUACACGAGUCGCUUAUACACCGCUGGAACUCGAUUCUGAUGUCGAGACCGAUCUCAAUAGUGUCGGUCCCAGAUCAAGAAAGCGCGUUCCGAGCAAAGAUUAUGAUCAAACUCAAGAUGAGAAAGAUCAUCCUUCAUCCAGAAAAUCGUCAUUAAAGCGCCGAUUUCCAAAUCCCGAUCACUACGAAGAUCCACGAAGAAGUCGAAAUAGAUUCUUGAAUCCGACUGGUUAUCAGGACGAUUCCUCAAAGACAAACAGCUCCGAACUCGCGAAGAAGGGUCAAGAGAGCGAAGUACCCAAACAGGGCAACUUCAAUGAAGUUGGCAUACCGAUAGUGGAUCAGUUUCCGGACAAGAAAGGCAACUUGGGUAGUACCAAUACGGCACACUCGAGUGACGUGAAGUCAUUGAUCGAUCGAUACGAGCAAAACGCGAGUCAGGAAACUCUAAACGAAGAUCGGUUAUCAAUGAAGUCGACAGAGGAUAUGAGAAGUAGACCGGAGAACAAGAUAGGUAUACCUCUGGUAGCCAUGGUUCCUGGUAGGUCAUCUUCUCGAGGACAAUCCUCUUCAGGCUUUGGUAGCUUGCCAGAUAUACAAGAUAAAAACUCUGACCCAUGUUCGGAAAGACUUGAGACUCCCAGUCCGAAAAAUGUCGCUAAAGGCAGCAAAGUACCGCGUCAAACCGAUCUUUAGAAUUUGAAAUCACUCUAAUCUAAACGUGAUAGAUAACACAUGACACCUGAAAAUCGUAUGAUGCGGAUAUUUAUGGAGGUACGAGUACUCCAUUCGUGCAAUAGAAGCACUAUCACGAUAAAUUUAUAUCGCGAGUGAUAACAGGCCCAGACUUCAAACAUACACAACACUACACAAUACUAUCUCUGACACCUGUCGCAUUUAAGAUAUAAAAUCAUUGAUUUAACUUUGUAUUUUGAUAGGUGAACAGUAAAA